CAUUCCCUAUAUAAUUGCCUCUCUCUUUUAGCCGGAUCUUCCCCUCAUGGGAAGCAGAAGCAUCUCAUUUCAGGCAAAGCAUGAAGGUUCAUCAGUUCGCACGUGGAUUAUUUGAGCUCGAACCCACCACCCUCACGCUCGGCUGCAAACGCCUCCGCCCCCUCGUUCCAAAGCUCCCCCACCAGACCGACGUGGUCUCGACCGCCGCAUUCGUCGACAUCAAGAGCUUCAUCCGCCCUGAGAGCGGCCCGCGGAGGCUCGGUUCCUCCGACGAUGACAAGAGAGACCCUCCUCAGGUGGAAACACACCCGGGAGGGACACGUUGGAACCCGACGCAAGAGCAAAUCGGAAUACUUGAGAUGCUGUACAGAGGGGGAAUGAGAACUCCCAACGCGCAGCAGAUCGAGCAGAUCACGGUGCAGCUCAGCAAGUACGGUAAGAUCGAAGGCAAGAACGUGUUCUAUUGGUUCCAGAACCACAAAGCCCGCGAGAGGCAGAAGCAGAAGCGCAACAGCCUCGGCCUCGCUCACUGCUCCAGAACCCCCACCACGACUGCCGCCAUCGCCACUGUAACUUUGAACACUACUAAGGGAUCGGAAGGAGAGAUUAGAGGGGAGGAAGACAGUCCAUACAAGAGGAAGUGUAGAAGCUGGGGAUUUGACUUCUCGGAAGCCGAAGAGGAUGUGAGCAGGUCAUCAUCAUCUUCAUUCAGAGAUGAGGACGAAGCAGCUCACUGUAGAACUCUGGAGCUCUUCCCAUUACACCCGGAAGGCAGAUGAAGGUGUUCCGUUCUGAAGAAAAAUAUAACUUCGCAAAAUCUUCCUCUCGUUCUCUCUCUCUCUCUCUCUCUCUCUCACCCUUUCUCCCUAUUUCAAAGGCUUUGUGAGGCCAAAUUGUGAUGUGAUCAUCGUCUAAGCAUGAUCUUUCCUUCUUCUUUCCUUUUCUUUUCCCUUCUCUUGAAUUAGAUGAUGUACUGCUUUUUCUUUCUUUUUUCUUUCCUUUUGUUCCAGGAAAGAAGAAAGAAAGACAAGAUGUGUCGUCUCUUGUCUGACCUCUGUACUCUAAUUUAACCUUUGCUCUCUCUCUCU